GAGCUGAGCAGAGCUAGUGACUGCAUGGUGGUUUCAAAAACUGCCUCCUUAAUUCAGAGAUAACAAUGGUUGGGAAGGCCAGAUCUUCUAAUUUUACCUUAUCUGAAAAGCUUGAUUUGCUAAAACUUGUGAAGCCGUAUGUUAAAAUUCUUGAAGAACAUACCAAUAAGCAUUCAGUAAUAGUGGAAAAAAACAAAUGCUGGGAUAUCAUAGCCGAUAACUACAAUGCCAUCGGAGUAGAUCGUCCUCCUCGUACUGCACAGGGCCUGCGCACGCUGUACAAGAGGCUCAAAGAAUAUGCCAAACAGGAGCUAUUGCAGCAAAAGGAGACCCAUUCAGAAUAUAAAAGCAGCAUUUCCGAGCCAACCAAGAAAGUUGUGGAGAUGAUUCCACAGAUUUCCAGUGUGUGUUUAAGAGACAGGAGCAGUUUUCAAAGUGCUAACAUAGAUAAAGAAACAGUUGCUGGUACCAGUUCCCCACAAGCAGUGUUGGAUCACCAUCCUGCCACAGUCACAAUGGAGUUGGAACCAGAAGAGGAUGUCAAACCUCCUCCUUCCUUGGCUGUAGAUUCACAGCAGAGUGAGGACUUAGAACAAGGAGAAGAACACCAAUUGGUGCAUGUUAUGGAGAGAUCUCCUUCAACUUCACUAUCAUCUGUUGAUAUGAGAAUGAUGUUGUCUUCAUCUCCCAUCCCAAGAAGAGAUGAUUUUUUUAGGCUUGAGGUCGGAGAACGCUUUAGGCCAGCGGGUGGGUAUGAGCCACAGAUGUUGCAAAUGCUGAAAGAGGAGCAUCAGAUAAUCUUGGAAAAUCAAAGAAAAAUUGGGCUUUAUGUCCAAGAAAAGAGGGAUGGCUUGAAAAGAAAGCAGCAGCUGGAAGAAGAGCUAUUGAAAGCAAAAAUCAAAGUAGAGAAGCUGAAGUCAAUAAGACUACGACGUGAUCUGCCAGAAUACAACAGUCUUUAAAUAUUUAUCAUCUCUGUCAUGUAAUCUGAGAUGUUUUAUUCUCUGAGAUACUUUCUAAUAAAUUCUUUUGGCCUAGCAAAAUGAUUUUUUAUGUUAAUUUGGAUGGAUCAGAAUCUAGCCUUGAAAAACGAAUGCAUGUUUUCCAUUUUGUUGUUUAUGUACAUUAGCAAAAAUGUCAAAUAUCUUUCACAGGUUUGAGUCUUCUCAAUAUUUCUAGUCUGAAGUAUAAUCAGAUACUGUAGUUCUAAAUGUGUAAGAUAAAAAAACUGCCUUUGGAAAUCUUCCACGGAACUUUUAUUAGACCUGGAACAAGCUAAUGAAAAUUUAGACAGGUGUUCUUAAAGAUGUUGAUUUUAUGCUUUAUUCUUUUUUCAAAGCAAUUCCUAUCCUUUUUAGUAUUCUUUAUGAAGUUAU